GGAGACAAUGGCUUUGAGAAGCCUCUCUGCUGUAUAUUGGGUGACCCUUAUCAUUCAUCUUCUCAUUGCAGCCUCAGGCAAAGGCUUUAGCAUCAAGCUAAUCCCAAGAUCCUCCAUUGAUACAACUCUCUUCCCCAGAAACCUCUCUCUUGAAGAACAUCAUUCUAGAAUAGCUCAACUCUCCAGAGCUCGAGCUCUUCAAUACAAAUACUCCAUGAAUUCUACAUUAAUGGAGAAAACAGAGCAAGGCAUUGAGACACUGCGACCUUGGAUUGUGAUGGCUUGGACUAGCCUUUACAUGGCUCAAAUGUUCAUUGGCUCAGAAGCUUACACUACGUACUUGUUGGUCGACACCGGCUCCGAUGACACGUGGAUUCAAGCCGACGGCUGCACCAUCUGUUUCCCCCUCUUAGGCGGAAAUUUCAAUUACCAUGAAUCCAAGACGUACCAUGCCGUGUCUUGUGAUCAUCCCCUCUGUGUUCCCAAAAUAUGUCACGAAGGUCUAUGCCUUUACGAGUCCGCCUACAUAGGAGGUAGUAGCACGAGGGGCAUCGUUUCAGCUGACAACUUCACAUUCCCAGCCAAUGGAGGAUUUGCAAGCUUCCAAAAUGUGGUGUUCGGGUGUGGCUUCGACAACCGAAACAUAGUAUUUGGUGGAAACAUUGGACCAAACAAUGUCAUAGCAGGAAUUUUUGGCUUAGGGUCUGGGAGAAGGUCAAUCCUAAGACAACUAGGCCCUGUCACCAACCAACGCUUCUCUUAUUGCCUCCCUUCAUGGACCACGGCACAGGGAACCUACACAUACUUGCGCUUUGGCCCUGAUGCACAAAUAAGAGGAGAUGCUCAAAGAAUAGUACAAACAACCCCCAUGCUGCCAGGAAUUCCCAGAUACUAUGUGAACAUGUUGGGAAUCAGCAUCGAUGCAGUGCGGCUUCCAAUCGAUCCGACCGUGUUUAAGCUGAACGAUGACGGUACAGGGGGUUUCGUCCUUGAUUCGGGAAGCGGGCAAUCUUUUCUUGUUCCAGGUGCGUAUAAUGUGGUGAAAGGUGAGAUGGUGAAGAACUUGCAGAGAUAUGGAUGGAAUCCUAUAGAGGGAGAGCAAGUGCCAUAUGAUAUUUGCUAUAAAGUCAUUUCAGCUGUGAAUCAUACGGCCUUGCCAUCUAUGACUUUUCAUUUUAUGGGAGCAGAGCUUGUCGUGGAUUCUAAAGCAGUGUUCCAAGUAUUUGAUGAUAUGUUUUGCAUGGCUAUCCUGCCUAUUUAUCAACAGGGACCAAAUAUUCUGGGGGCAUUUCAGCAGGCAAAUCAUCGGUUCUUGUUUGAUGUUAGAGCAUCUACAAUGUCGUUUGUUCAAGAGACUUGUCAAUCUAAUUGAAAGCUUAAUGCUUCCUGCUUGUGAUGGUUUGAUCAAAGGAUGAAUAAUAUUUGGAGACAAUGAUGAUCCUGAUUGG